AGGCGAAGGCAAAGAAGAUGAAAAAUACAAAUAAAAAAUAAAAAUAAAAAACAAGGCAGAAAUAACAAAAUAAAUAAACACAAAAUAUCAAUUUAGUCAGAUACGGUUACUAAAAGAGUGAGGGUGAUGAAUUUUAAAAAAAAAUUAACAAAAUAAAUAAAAAAAAUUACGACAACAUUAAAAACUGUUUUCGAAAGUUAUUUAUUUGUUUAUUAAACGUUAAAAGUGUGUUUUUUGUUUGCUUUUAAAUUCGAUUUUUUUUUGGUGUAUAAAUUAACAAUUAUUUCAGCGGAAUUUCCAAACCACAAUAAACAAAAUCUGCAGACCGUGGCAAAAUCAUACAACACAUUGCUGAAAAAAGGAAACUUUUUUCUUUAAUCUGAAUUUUUUCCUUCAUCUACUUGUGCGUUCUACAUUCACACACAAAAUGCAUAUUUUCUAGCAAAGGCAUUUAACGAUUUCUUUCCGUUAUUAAGUUUUAAGGCGAGACAAAGAUAAAGAAACAGCUGCAAGAGAAAAGAAAUAAUUUGGAAAAUAGAAUUUAAAGAAAAGAACAAAACUGCCUAAUUUGUUUCUUGGAAACAGAUUUUUCCUUUUUUGUUUGAUUUUUUUAUUUGAAUCAUCAAAAGGAUAAUCGUAUCUUAGUCAGACACACAGACAUAAAGAACGAGAGCGGAGACACGCUAGAAACACACACAUCAUUAACAUAAAAGUGCUCGUUUUUAUUUGACUUCUUUUAAUUUAAAGGAAAAAGAAAUUUUCUUCUAGGUGGUUUUAUUUAACAACAUUAAUUGGUGAAAUUCAUUGAGCAGUUAUUGGUUGUUCCAUCCACAAAGCAGGAGAAUUAAUUUAUUAUUUUUGGUACUUCGGUUAAAACAUGGCUGAUUGUUGUUGUAUAAAGCUGGCCGCAAUAAUGAAAUGGCGCAUAGCGUUAGUAUAUCGAUGAUCUCACCACCAACAUCGUCUUCCAUAUCGACCGACCAAGAUCCAUUUGGACAAUUGCCACCGCUAUUACCGCCACUGCGUUCAACACAAGUCCUAAAACCAUUAACGGGAUUUCCAGUGUCCAAUUUGAGUGAAGAUUCAUAUGACUAUGUGUUUGGUGGUCGACGCAAGACUCCGCCUUCUACAACAGCACUUAAGUUGACCUCGCCUCCUGUACGACUGAGACCAGAAGACGCUUAUAAUAAUACACGCAACAUUAGCAGUGGUGGUUUUGGUUCAAAUACAAAUAACGGCAACACUGGUGGUGGUCGUUUUUAUCGUCACUCCUUCAGUUACGUACCCAAACGUUCUCGUCACACACAAAACGAACGUGAACGAAAUGCAAAUUACGAAUCAAGAUUAAGAUGUCAUGGCGAAGAUGAAGCAACCCUGCGGCAAUUGUUACUUGAAUUAUGUUAAUUUAAAGCAACGUUUAAAUAUUUAAAGCUCAAAAAAAUAAAACAGAAACUCGAAAAUAAAAAACACUAAACGAAACUAUAAAGUCAAUUAUACAUAUAGCAAGAAAAAAAAUAAGUU